UAUUAGCUAGCACUCGCUAACGGUAUUCUCUGCAAAAGGGAAGACGGUAACUCAAGAAAAAUAACACCUGGAUUGCUUAAAGGACUGUACCUCAAUAAAUUAUAUAAUUGAUCGAGGAAGGGUUAAUUAAGCUGAAAAACGUUACAACCGACGUUUAAUAUUUUUUUUGGUUGGGUGUCUGCUGUCUCAUGAUGGAGGAUAACGGUGCACAUUUCUUCGAGGGAACGGAGAAGCUGCUGGAGGUGUGGUUCUCCCGGCAGGAUGAGACCAAAGGAACCGGGGACCUCCGCACCAUCCCAAGGUUUGAGUGGGACAAACUUCUGGAGAAUGUGCAUUGUUUGAUCAUAAGUGUGACAAAGACUGACAAGCAGGAAGCUUAUAUACUCAGUGAGAGUAGCAUGUUUGUCUCCAAGAGACGUUUCAUUUUGAAGACAUGCGGAACCACCCUCUUACUGCAAGCACUGGUGCCUCUGCUGGAACUCGCCAGGGAGUACUGCGGUUUUGAUGCCAUCGAGAAUUUCUUCUACUCCCGCAAGAACUUCAUGAAGCCAACCCAUCAAGAGUUCCCUCAUCGAAACUUCCAGGAAGAAGUGGACUUUCUCAGCCAGAUUUUCCCAAACGGCGCAGCCUACUGUAUGGGACGUUUGAACUCUGACUGCUGGUACCUGUUCACCCUGGACUUACCAGAGUUCUGGGAGAACAAGCAUGCAGAUCAGACGCUGGAAGUUCUGAUGAGUGACCUCGAUCCAGCCAUUAUGGACCAGUUCUAUAUGAAAGAUGGUGUUUCUGCAAGUGAUGUCACUCGUAUGAGUGGAAUUCGUGACCUGAUACCAGGUUCUGUGAUCGACGCCACAAUGUUCAACCCUUGUGGAUACUCAAUGAAUGGAAUGAAGACUGACGGAACUUACUGGACCAUCCACAUCACCCCAGAGCCGGAGUUCUCCUACGUCAGCUUCGAAACCAACCUCUCCCAGACGUCGUACGAUGAUCUGGUCAGGAAGGUGGUGGAUGUGUUCAAGCCAGGAAAAUUUGUGACUACGCUGUUUGUCAAUCAGAGCUCCAAAUGUCGCAGUGUCUUUUCUUCUGCCCAGAAACUCGAGGGCUACAAGCGCCUCGACCGCCAGUUGGCUCAAUUCAACGAUUACAAUUUUGUCUUCACAAGCUACGCCAAGAACCGCCAGCAGAACCAGCAGAGCUGAGGGUUGAGGAUGAAGAAGAGGCGUAAAAAGAAAGGCGGCCGCUCGGGGCUCCCCCCCUGCAGCCGGCUUCACUCCCCAGUAGAGAGCUUGUUGCCCUCCUCCUCCUCCUCCUCCUCCCCACCUCUCCCCCCGCUCCGCUGCUGUCAUCGUCGAGAUUCUCCCGGUGCUGACGAGGUCGCGAGCCCUAGUUUAACCUCCAGUUUGAGUUGUUUGCAUUGUUGUACCUGUGACUUAGAUCUCUUGCAUGAAAGCUCUUUUCUCUGUCUCGAUAUCCUAGCUCACUCUUGCUGUGAUCUUGAAGUGCAUGUAGAGGAAUUAAACACGCUCCGUUUGAGGCUGCCCACCUGUGCCCAGUACAACGGCCCCUUCCUGCAGGUCUCCCCCCUCAUCCCACACAGACAAGGCUUCCGCCCGCACUAGGCCAGGGCCCUGACAUGCUCAGAUCAGUCCGCCUCUUUGUGAGCGUACCAAUCCCUCAGCUCGUCCAUUUUUACUGUUACAAAUUUGACCCACAAUUUGCUCUCCGGUGUGACAAUUAGAACCAUUUAUACUGUAAUUGAGGAGUGCACUUUAAAGGAGAAAAAACAAAACAAAAACGUUUACUCAUGGUACGAAAAUGAAGUUGAAUUCAUCAAAUAAUUGAAUGUAUAUGUCGUGGUAAGCUUUUGGCCAUUCUAAUCGUUUGUUACAUUGUCAGGAUUUGUUCCUGAGAAAACCAAUGCCAUACUUGCUGUUUUUAAUGUUGCACUAUUGGGUAAACGGUUUGCAGCUUAUUGGUCGAUGUAGAGAUGAAAGAUUUACUGCUUUGCUGGGCUUUGACGCUGCCUCCCAACACUCGCAUUCAUUCGUUCCACCUCGACAAUCAUAUAUAGUCCUCGUUUCCCCGAAUAGACGGGCUUUUAAAGUUGUAUGUAUGUGUAUGAAUAAUUUAAGACAUCAGCAUACGCACUUUUUUUUUUUUUUUUUUUUUUUUUUUUUUGCACCCAGGCUCCUUUCUUUUACAGCAUGCUGUAUCUAUAGGAAGCUUCUGGGUACCAGUCAUAUUCAGCAGUCUAAUUUUCCACACUGACGUGAAUUGCUUAAAUGGAAAAUGUGCAAACUGAAUGUAGCACAGGCCGCGUAAAGCGCUGUGUCCCCCCCCCCGCCCCCCUCCCUCCCCCCGUCUUUCGAAUGUACACGUCUCUAGAGAAAAGCCUGGACCAGGUUUGAGCUGAAUGUACGACUCCAGGAGAGCACACUCCUCCCCCCACCCACCCUCCUCUCUUCCCUCUCGCACACAUACAGUUCACAAUGCCCUCUGCCGACCAGCCCAUUGUCUAGCUCCCAGCAGGUCUCCCCUCUGCCAGAGUCAGACCGUCAGCUGGCCCCAGAACCGUGACAUGACAAGAGCCGGCCCUCCUGGCUGCGCCUGCGCCCCGCUCUCUCUGAAUGGGGGGAAAUAAUGAAUCAGACACUUUUCUGCUUAGUGCAGCGCUUGCCCAGCAAAGCAUUUUUCUUUUUCCCACAUAAUAUCCAUCCUCUCUCUGUCUCUUUCCGCCCCAUACAGAAAUCUGUAAGCACACAAUAGAGGCCCACCAGUCUGAGCAUGCCAGGGUGAUCCCGGAUCAUUCCACAUCUAACCGCUGCAUAAACUGCCAUUUUAUUAAAUUUAUUGUGCCCAGACAUUUUUUGCAGUGAAUUGGUCGAAAAUGUGACUCCCUUAGCAGUUUUUUUUCUUUUUUUUUUUUUCUCCCUUUUCUUUUUUCUUUGUGUUCAGAUCAAUGCCCUUUUGUUCGUUGAGGGGGAAAAAAUCCUGUGACACUAUGGUGCAUGUGACUACUAGUGCCGUGUUGCUUGACAGUGUAGUGUAGCGCCGUCUCUUCCUCCUUUUUGUCAGUAGGUCUUUGUGCUUCACCUUCCUCUUGUUUUACCAGCUGAAGCGUAGUUUGAACUGCCGCAUCCUGAUGUUUCGGAUAGGCGGGGACUUCUUUUUUUUUUUUUUUUUUUCCAUUUUUCUUCUUUAAGAGUCGGGUUAACUUGUAAUUAAUCUUUUUUCAAGUGCUUAAAGCAGGUAAAGUUUCUCAUUUAUUUCUUAAUGAGAGCUUUGUCAAGUGUCCAAGUUUUGUCUUCUCCGCCUGCUGUUCAGUUCACUGGUGUUCACGAUGCUUCUCCUGCCAGAGAAUGCAAGUUUGAAUUUUGAAGCGGAGAAGACCCAGCAGAAAUCCUAACCUGCUUUCAGCUCUGCGGUGCAGUACAACAUGUUCUUUUAAAAAUAUCUACGAUGAUUGCAACAUCACCUGUAACAAUGUGUUCAUCUCCUAAGGCACUCUGGCUCCUAGUUGGACCAGUAGAUGAAAAUGAACGGUUCGUGUAAGAACUAGCAGUUAAGUUGACAGUUGGAAUAGUUUCCCUCUAGUUUGUCUAUUAUGGCUUUUUGGAGUGGUUCCAUUAUUUUCCUGAGGACCAAUCUCUGCUCUUAGAUGAACUGCUCUCAGCUUGUGCCAGAUGACUUAGGUGAUCUGCAGUGACUGUUACAGGUCCUUUUUUUUGUGAAGUCGCACAUUUUAGGGAAUUUAAACCAGCACUGUUUCAAAAUACUGUAAGCAUUUAAAUGCUAGCUGUUCUUGGAUUAAGUACACUUUAGCCUUGUUGGUGUGGCUCAUUGCUAUUUUGUUUUUAUUUUUAUACAGUGAACUCAAAAUGCAUUUUUGCAGUUGAAUGGUAAUAGAAUUUUUUACAAAAAGAUAUUUUGUAUUUUUCUGCGGACCAAUCUUUUUUUUUUUUCUUUUUUUUUUUUUUUCUUCCCCUUUUGUCCAAAUGUUUUUGUUGUAAAACUAGUGUUCAAACCAGUUUGUUGUGAAGGUAAGGGAUGACGUUCUCAAAGCUGACUGGAUCAUGUAGCUCUUUUUUUUUUUUUUUAAUUUUUUUUUUUCCCACUUUCCUUUCCUUUUUAUGAGUCUUCCACUCAAAAGGCUCCAGAGGAAAGGAAAGUAAGAAAAGCCUCCCCAGGGUGAGAGAGGGUGCAGUUGCAGGAUGUAUCAGGAUGUACUGAAGGAGAAACUUUGCUGUUCUAAUUCUUUCUUUUGCUGUUCUUUGGAUGGUCAAGAUGUGCUAAAUAUAUCUGUGCUACGAGCUUGAUGCUUCAAUAAAGAUAAAAGACUUAUCUGUGCAA